AUGCCUGGUAAAAUGCAAAUCUACCAACUGGCCCAGCACCCUGGGUCUUCACAAAAGGAGAUUGAAAGUGAACCGGACUGGACUCUUCACUUCCACGAGAACCAGCUGGGCUUCCGGAAUGCCAGUGGCCGGUAUGCAGGGAUCACACAUAUUGGCGAUGAACUCGCUGAAGACCCCGAGGAGGUGCGAGAGGCUCGUGAGCAGAUUGGCGAGCUGAAACAAAAGGUCGAGAAGGGAGAGCUGGUCAAUUUCCGAGACCUGAUAGAGGACCAGAAAGAUAGGGAGCAAUGGGUGAAGAUGGCUCAGGAUUGGCCGGCAAAUGUCCGGCGGCGGCAGAAACAGGAAGAGAGCCAGAGGAACGAGCAGCAGGAAAAAAAGGACGAAGAGAGCCAGGAAGAUGGGGGCAAGCAAGCGAACGGAACCAAACAACAUAAGAAGGACCAAUAUGAAGAUGCCAGCACCCAAAAAGCAAAGCCAGAGCAGGACACGCAAAAGUCGGAGGCCGAUGGAGGCGCAAGGGACGAUAAAACCCAGGAAACUAGUCCGGAGGGACUUGCAUUGAUCCGCGCGUUACAACACGAGAAGGAAACUAUGAGCAGCCUGAAGCAGAACAAUGGCAAAGCAAGGUCACCAGCGCCCGGAAACCCUUACGUCACCAUUGACGAAGCAGAUCAAUUUACCGCAGAUAAUUGGGUGCCUCGAUCCCCUGAUCUAGUCCGGCUGACUGGGAAGCUGCCAUUGAACGCCGAACCGCACUUAUCAAAGCUCUUCAACGCCGGGCUCAUAACCCCAAAUGAGCUCCAUUAUGUGCGGAACCAUGGCCCAGUACCGAAACUGGUUUGGGAGUUUCAUGAGAUAGAGAUAGAAGGUGGUCGGGUGAGAAUUAGUAUGGAGGAGUUGACGAAUAACUUCACGGCUAUAAAUAUUCCUAUCCUCCUGGCCUGUGAUUACACGCGGCGCAGGGAGUUGAACAUGGUUAAGCGUACAACAGGAUUCAACUGGGGUCCUGGGGGCGUGAGCUGUGCUUACUGGAAGGGUCCACUGCUUCGGGAUGUUUUAAUUGCUGCCGGGGUGCCAGAACGCAUGCCUGACCAGGACAACCAACGGUAUUGGAUCCAUUUUGAGGGAGCUGAUGAGCCGAGCGAGGCCAAAUAUGCCACCUCUAUCCCUUUUGACCAUGUUAUGGACCCUAGAAAUGACGUUAUUCUCGCAUACGAGAUGAAUGAUCGACCUUUGCCACCAGACCAUGGUUUCCCUGUCCGAGUGAUGAUCCCCGGGUAUGUGGGAGGACGCUGUGUGAAAUGGCUUAGCAAAAUUUGGACGAGCAAGAAAGAGAAUGACUCGUACUAUCAUCUGCAUGACAACCGAACGCUGCCUAGUUCUGUCACGGAUGCGGAAAGCGAAGUUGCCAAGCUGUUCUUCAGUCACCCAGAUACCGCGUGCUACGAACAGACUCUCAACUCAGUGAUUGCGAGGCCUGCACAAGGGGAGAGAAUUCGACUUAGUGAAGCUCGGAAAGGGAAGACGUAUCGCAUCGCAGGGUUUGCCUACAGUGGCAGCGGCCUUCCGGUUCGUCGAGUCGAGGUAUCUCUAAACGGUGGCAAGACAUGGCUCUACUGUAUUCGCGAAUUUCCCGAGCGCCCCAUACGUCAUGGGGAUAAAUUCUGGACCUGGGUACAUUGGCACGUUGACGUCGAGAUUCUCCAGCUGGCCCAGGCAGAGAGCAUUACAGUUGCAUGCGUCGAUGGGGCUCAUAACACGCAGCCAGAGCAGCCGCGCUGGAAUAUAUCAGGGACAUUAAAUAACUGUCGGUAUUCUGUAAAGCCAGAGAUGGUCUACGAUAACGAUGAUGACCAGUCAGGUACUCCCUACAUAUUAUUUCGCCAUCCAGUGGAGCCAGGAACAGGAGAUGGGGGCUGGAUGCAGCCAAGCGUGGACGUACAGGUACAAAAAGCUAAGCAAAGCGCGGGUGCGCCUCAGAAACAAUUUACACGCGAGGAAAUUGAGAAACACAGCAGUGAAGAUGACUGCUGGAUUGUCAUUGAUGGCAAAGUCUACGAUGCAACGCGGGUGCUGUCUUGGCAUCCUGGUGGGAAAGCGCCCAUCCUUGCGCAUGCUGGCAAGGUUCACCAUGAGACUACCGAGGAGUACGCAAGCAUCCAUGAUGAUUAUGCAACACAGAAGCUCCAAGAGUGUAUUCAGGGAGUCGUGACGGAAAAGGCGCUGAUAUACAUCGAGAAAAAUGCUGAGAGGGCGAAGAAGGAAAAGCAGCAAGCUGCCCAGGCCACCGACCAGGCGCUACAGAAACAUCGCUGGGUACCCGUCAAAUUGAUGGAUCGCAAGGCUAUUAGCAAAGACACUCGGGAAUAUACAUUCAAACUGCCCGAGGGCAAACCUACCCUAGGCAUCGGGGCUUGCCAACACGUCGAAGUAGCCUUUCAUAUGAAGGACCGAAUGCUUGUACGUCCUUAUACACCGACUCAGCCGCUUCUUCCCCCGGAGAAAUCAUCCUCAAAGGAUUGUCGUGGGAAUGAGAAGUCUCAGUUCAUCAGUAAAGUUAGAGACGGAAAGGGUACCUUCACAUUGACCAUCAAGACCUACUUUCCUAAUGACGACCAGCCUGGAGGCGCAAUGUCGAACGUCUUAGACUGUUUACCGCUAGGUGAGGAUGUUGACAUCCGAGGCCCGACAGGGGAUCUCGUAUACGAAGGAUACGGAAAUUUCACAAUCGCAGGAGAGAACAAGCAAUUCCAACGAGUGUCUCUGGUGAUCGGAGGCAGCGGUAUAACCCCUGCUUAUGCACUCAUAGCUCGAAUACUACUCACAGAUGGAGAUAAGACGGAGAUCCGCGUUAUCGAUGCGAAUAAAACGACAAGUGACAUUCUGCUACGAGAUCAGCUAGAUAAGUUUGUGAAAGAUAGUGCUGGACAGCUCCAGGUUGCACAUGUCAUCUCAAAACCAGAUGAUGACUGGAAAGGGCUUACGGGACAUGUCAACGAGGAAAUAAUCCAAAAGCACAUAUUUGAACCUUCUGACGAAAAUGUGGCCAUUCUGUGCGGACCACCGGCAAUGAUCGAAAAGGCAGUGCUGCCUGCUCUUGACGAUUGGGGAUAUGUGCGCGACGAGAAUGUCUUCGGUCUUUGA